CAUAUUUAUUUGAAGUUGCAGCCGAAGCAAAAGCUGGUGAGGUCGGAAAACCGUUGGUUCACUUGUGCAUAUAGCUCUGAAAGAGUGUAGAGAAGGAUUAUCAAGAAUGGCGUGCAGGAGUGUGUUGAGAACGGUAUUGUUAAAGGAACCAUGGUUAUCUCUUCCAAGGAAUCCCACCUCUUUUCCUCUACCAUUAUUUUAUAACCACAAAUCUUCUUUAUCCAUUUUCCCUUGUCGCUGUAAAUGUAAAUCCCCAAAUUAUAGAAGAACUCAGUUUCUUAAUUGCUCCAAUAACGGAAACCCAGAUGAACAGGGUCCUCCUCAAGAAGUUGUCCUUAAGGCCAUUUCAGAAGUGUCCAAGACAGAAGGGAGAGUUGGACAAACUACCAAUGUUGUUAUUGGAGGCACCGUGCAUGAUGAUUCAACUAAUGAGUGGCUAGCUCUCGAUAAGAAGGUGAAUUCUUACCCAACUGAAAGAGGCUUUACAGCUAUUGGUACUGGAGGUGAUGAUUUUGUGCAUUCUAUGAUUGUUGCUGUAGAGUCAGUGAUACAACAGCCCGUUCCCCAGGGACAGGUGAAGCAGAAGCUAUCUUCAGGUGGAAAAUACGUAUCAGUAAAUAUCGGACCCAUUCAAGUUGUUUCCAGUGAGCAGGUUCAAGCUGUAUACGAGGCCAUGAAGAGAGAUGUUAGGAUGAAAUACUUUCUGUAAACUACUUCCGUCACUACCUUUGUAUAUAAUGGCAAUACCUAAGAGAGUGUCAUUUUAUAAUGUAGUUUUGACCUUGUUUUCCUAAUAUAUAUAUACGUAUAUUCAUUGAACUAAACAUUCUUACUGGAUUUCUGGGAACACGUGUGGAGGGUUAUUUAUGGGUUUUUUCCCUUUAAUGCGAGUAAGAGACCUUUAAUGUGCUGCUGGAUGAUAUCGGUGGAAUACACCUCACCAGGCUUGAACUCAUCAGAGGUACCUAGGUGUUGGACGUGCACUUUGCGUUGAUAUGGUGUGGGUAGAUGUGCCUUUUGAAUCAUUGGGAAGUAUUUCUUAGUAUACCAAUUACCAACCUAUGAUAUGUCUUUAUCGAUACACGUUUGUUUGAUUUUAUGUGAAAAGUCGAUGGGAUGCUUGAUAAGCACUUCGUUUUAA